GACGUUUUGAAAGCCAGUGGAAGCAAAAGAUACACGAAUGUUUUAGUUGAGAGUAGGUAAACAAUGUGCUUUUUUGUAAAGACGACAACACUUUGGUUGUUAACAGAUUAGUUCUAGUUCUAAGGUGUUCUUCUUCUUGUGGGGACUAUCUUCUGGGAUUUGCAAGAGAAAAAUGCUCUCUUCUUCGCAACUCUCCCAGCCAAUGAAUGGACUCAAAGACAUCGCCGAGACACGGAACUUUAAGGCAUGGCUGUUAGAUCAGUAUGGAGUCCUUCAUGAUGGCAAACAACCUUACCCAGGCGCAAUCUCAACUUUAAAGAAUCUAGCAACAGUGGGUGCCAAGAUCGUGAUCAUAAGCAACUCCUCAAGACGCGCUUCGACUACAAUGGAAAAGCUGAAAGGACUUGGCUUUGAUCCUUCUUUCUUCACUGGAGCUAUUACCAGUGGUGAACUCACCCAUCAAUCUCUGCAGAGGAGAGAUGAUCCUUGGUUCGCUGCACUAGGAAGGCGUUGCAUCCACAUCACUUGGAAAGACCGAGGAGCUAUCUCUUUGGAAGGUCUUGAUCUAAGCGUUGUGGAGAAUGUUGAGGAAGCUGACUUUGUUUUAGCUCACGGCACUGAAGCCAUAGGGCUUCCUUCAGGUGGUGUAUCUCCCAUGCCUCUCGACGAGCUCGAGAAGAUCUUGGAGAAAUCUGCAGCUCAAAAACUCCCCAUGAUCGUCGCCAAUCCAGAUUACGUGACCGUCGAAGCAAACGCUUUCCACAUCAUGCCGGGCACACUGGCUGCCAAGUAUGAAGAGCUUGGAGGAGAAGUGAAAUGGAUGGGGAAGCCUCACAAGAUGAUCUAUGAGUCGGCUAUGGCGAUUGCAGGAGUUGAGAAUCCAGAGGAGGCUAUCGCAGUAGGAGACUCGCUUCACCAUGACAUAAAGGGAGCUAAUGUUGCAGGGAUUGAAUCAGUGUUCAUCACUGGAGGGAUUCAUGGUAGUGAGCUUGGUCUCACUUCUUUCGAUGAAACUGCGAGUCUAGACUCGGUCAAGACCCUCACUGCUAAACACAAUGCAUUCCCAUCUUAUGUUUUGUCUGCGUUUAAAUGGUAAGUGCUCAUUGUAUACAAAUCGUGUUAUUUGCUUCUUAAACUAGACAUAACCCUUGAAAGAAAAAAGCAAUUUAAUAAGUUCACUGGCUGUGAAAUUAAAACA